AUGGCGUCGGGGCGCGAAGUGAAUUUCGUUGGCAGGCCGAUCGAUUCACAGGACCCUCGGGUGGAUCCAGUAGCAUUCCGAUGUCUGACGGACAGGUACCAUGUCAUCUUGGAGGACGCCCAGAAACGUGGCCAUCAUGUCGAGAAGGACCCCAUGCUCACGCUGGAUCCCGAAGGUCUCGUCUGCCGCUACCUGAUCGCAGAGGAUAACGACGCUGCCAAAGCAGAGGCCCGCUUGCGCGCCACCAUCGAUUGGCGACAGAGGUGGAACAUCUUGGAGUACCACAGACCAGGUGAGGCGCAGCGCUUGUUUACAGAGUCGAGCAACCCUGGAGCGGAGAUGUAUUUCGCGGAUUCCCUCCAUGCCGACAGGACCUGGGAGAUCAUAGAAAACGAGAAUGGUUACGAGGAAGCCGUUCAGGAGCAGAGGCAAGAAACAGUACCAGCACUAGUAAUUCCAAGUGCCACUGACUGCGAGCAGCAGCAGUGUUGCAGGUACUGGCUCAACUACCACUCCCAGCAGCAGCACCGGCUGUCGUGGCAGCCGUACUACUCGCAACAGCAAUCGUGGUAG